AUGUGUGAACAAUAUUUACCAUUAAUUAUUGAUCAUGUUAGUUCACUUUGUUUAUCAGAUGAUGAAGAAACUCCACAAUUAUGUAAACAUCUUAUUUCUUAUAAUCUUACAAUUGAUGAAUUUACACAUUUACAAUCAUUAUUACUUCAAAAAAUUGAUUCAUCAAAUAUAAUACUUAAUAUUACAUCGAAUUGUUUUUAUCUUUCAUAUCUUACUCAUUUGAAAAUUAUCGAAUGUUAUUUUGGAUAUGAAAAUAAUUCUCAACACUUGAUUUUGAAUAUUUGGCGUCUAAUUAAACUUACACAUUGUAGUUUAGAUGUAACUUUUGAACGUAGACCUACUUUUAUUGAAUUACAAACAAUUUCAACAUCAAUUAAAUAUUUGUCAAUAAAAAAUUUUAUAUUUUCUUCUAUAGAACUCAAUCAUUUAUUGAGAUCAACACCGUUUCUUCGACAUCUUUGUAUUCAGUUUGGAGAGAGUACGAUCAGUGAAUUAUAUUUCAUUCAUUGUGUUCCAUUAAUUACUAGUUUAAAACUUCAUUUUAGUGGUUCACUAUUUGUUUUAACAAAUAUUUUGAAAAGUAUGCCUAAUCUAAUACAUUUAACAUUAGAAACACAAACAAUUAAUUUGAAUGGAAAUCAAUGGAAACAAAUUUUACUUGAUUAUAUACCUAAAAUUAAAAUAUUUCGAUUUCUAAUAAAAAUUUUAUCAUUUAAACAUAAUAACACAGAAGAACAACUCGAAGAUUUUUUAAAUACUUUUCAAACAUCGUUUUGGCUUGAGGAACAUCAAUGGUUUGUUCGAUGUGAUUGGCCACAACAUACUAAUAAAGUAAUUAUUCUGUAUACUUUACCCUAUUGUUUACAUGACACUUAUGUUAUUUAUCAAAAUCGAUGGUCUAAAUCAACUUGUCCUAAUACUCAUGAUUAUAAUUCUUAUAAUCAAGUAAUAAAUGUAUUUUAUAAAGGACGUAUUGAUAAUUUAUCUUUAUUUCCUAUAUGUUAUCCAAACAUUCGUCAUCUGACAUUAAGACUUCCAUUCGAUAAUCAUUUUUGGACUAUCAUUCCAACAUUGGAUCAUUUGGUUUCAUUGGAAAUAAUUGAAACACAAGAACAUAAUCGAUCAGAAUCUCAAUUGAAAGAUCUAGUCAAUCGAGCACCUCGUCUAGAUUGUUUAAGUAUUGAUGCAAUGUCAUUUUUACUAUUGAUACAAUCAAAUAUCAUUCAUACAUCUCUUCGUCGAGUUCGAUUGAAACAUUAUUGGGCUAAAACAAAUCGCUAUUUGAAUGCUACACAAUGUUCUAUAUUGGCUAAUUCAUUAUUAGGACAUCAAUGUGAAUUUCUUGUAAUACGUGUUGAAAAUCGAACAAUUAUUCUUGAUCUUAUCAAUAAGAUGUACAAUCUUCGAAUAUUGAGUUGUGAAUGUCAAGAUGAUAAUUGGAUCAAUAAUUCAUUAUUAUCGUCUAAAGAUGAACUUGUAGAAUGGUUGAAAAAUUCUUUUCCAGAAACAUAUUUCGUUAGUCGACAUCGAUCUCGUUUCGUGCAAUUAUGGAUUAAUAAAGAAAUAAGUGCAAAGAUUUCUUGUUGA